CAAUGUCCCACGAAAACGUCUACCACUCCCGCCCGCGCAAUUACGGCAAAGGCUCGCGAAACUGCGUCGUCACCGGCGAAAAGAAGCGCGCCGGUCUCAUUCGCAAGUACGGCCUCAAUAUGAGUCGUCAGGCGUUCCGGGAGAAGGCGGCGGAUAUUGGGUUUGUUAAGUAUCGCUGAGUGCCACAAAGGCCGGAGCGAGAAUGGUCAGAAUGGUCAAAAUGGUCAAAAUAAGCAGUAUGUUGGGUUGGACCAGUAUGGAGUGUGAUGUGGUUACAGAAGGCGCCGCCGCAGCAGCUCAACAUACAGCAUGUAUAUCAUGUCAUGGUUAAUUACAUUACCGUACCAGC